AUGGGAGGCCACUACAUCAACCUAUCCAUCAUCGCCAUCCUGGUAUCCACCCUCUAUGGGCCGAUAUCUCACGAACUCACCGUCCUGGGCGUCUUCCGGACCGCGUCCAGUGCCGUGAACAGCCACGGCCAGGACCGGCGUCCCAUCCACGCCGUCGAGGAUACCCUCCACUGCGAGGACCUGCAUUACUACCCGCCCGCAGACCAGAUCUUCACGGCCUGCGAGGAUUCCGCCCUCUCGCGCUUCAAGUGGUUUCCGCCGCUGGCGAAUUUCGACGGUGAGGCGGAUACCACGGGGUCGAUUCAUGUUAUUGAUCCACGGACACUGAUCUCGUCGCGUCUGGCCUUCGAGAACUUCUCCGGUCCGUUUGUCACGCAUGGCAUCGAUCUCAUCCCCGAUCCGGAACGGGAGGAUGCCGUGUAUAUCUUCGCGGUGAAUCACUUGGGGAACCCGGAACACGAGACCGGAAACGUCCCGCGAGCUCGCUCGCAGAUCGAGCUCUUCCACCAUGUCCUGCAAUCCGGCAACGCGAGACACGUCCGCUCCAUCCGCCAUCCGCUGAUCACCACCCCGAACGACAUCUACGCGGCCUCUCCGCGUUCAUUCUACGUCACCAACGACCACCACAGCCGCGAAGGCUACAAGCGCAUGGCGGAGGACCUGCUCCCCGUCGCGAAAUGGUCCAAUGUCAUCCACGUCCAGCUGGACCGGCUGCCGGGCAUCUCGGCCGAGGGCGGCGUCGAUGCGGUCGUCGCCGCAGACGGACUCCGGAAUCCCAAUGGCCUGGGACACGGCCAGUCGGAGGACGAGGUCCUCCUCACCAGCGCCAUCGGGGGCAUCCUGUACCGCGCCCGUCCCAACCCGCUCAACCGCACCGUCACCGUCCUGGACCACUUCGCCUUCGACAGCACCAUCGAUAACCCCAGCUACUAUCGCGAUCCGUAUCGGACGUCCGACGAUGACGCGAGCGGGUAUAUCCUGGGCGGGUUGCUGCGCGCUGUUGAUGUCGCGCAGACGCAUAACCAACCGCACGCUAAAGAGGGGGUCAUGGUGUGGCAUCUUCGUCGCUCGCCAACAGCAACAACCAGGGAUGCUGAUAGGGAUAGUGACAGUGGGUGGGAGAAACGCCUCAUCUUCGAAGACGACGGCACGCACAUCCGCACCGCCAGUACGGCCCUCUUACUCCCCAUCCAGUCGGAGGAGUCAUCGAAAUCGACAUCGGAGAAGAAGGCCCGCUUGUUCGUCACCGGCUUUGUCUCGGAGGCCGUCAUCGCCGUCGAGGUCUCCCUGUAG